UCCCCAAUCUUCAAUCCGCCAUUACUUAGACAUGGUGACGAGAUGAAGGAGCGUCAACGGUGGCAGCCCGAAGAAGACGCCCUCCUCCGUGCCUACGUUCAUCAGUACGGCCCUCGAGAAUGGAAUCUCAUCUCUCAACGCAUGUCCAAACCCUUAGAUCGUGACCCUAAAUCUUGUCUCGAACGUUGGAAGAAUUAUCUCAAACCCGGAAUCAAAAAGGGUUCCCUCACUCCGCAAGAACAGUCGCUCGUCAUCUCGCUUCAGGCCAAGUACGGCAACAAGUGGAAGAAGAUCGCAUCGGAGGUCCCUGGCCGCACCGCCAAACGUCUCGGAAAGUGGUGGGAGGUUUUCAAGGAGAAACAGAUCAAGCAGCAGAUUCAGAAUCAUAAGAAAUCCGGAUCGUUUACUUCGAAUCCUCCGCCGCCGCCCCCGUCUGUGGCGGUUGCCUCCGGUUGCUGUGGCUCGCCGGAACGAGCUGUUCAGGGGACUUACGACCAUAUUCUGGAGACAUUCGCUGAGAAAUACGUCCAACCCUACCUAAAACCGGCGGUGGUAAUGCCGAAUCUGAACUCACCGAUUCUUUCUCUCGGGUCGGGUUCUACUCCUCAACCCGAACCGAAUGUUUCAGCACCUAAUAUGCUUCCACCAUGGAUGAACAACAACAAUACGACGUCGUGUUUAACGUCGUCUUCUUCUUCAAAGUCAACAACUCCAUCACCUUCCGUCAGCCUGACCCUUUCCCCAUCAGAACCGGUGGUUCUCGACCCGGUUCACUCCGACCACCCUCACCCAUCCCGGUUCUUCCCGGUUCAGCAGGUGGGUACGCUGGUUCAGUACUGUAAAGAGGUGGAAGAAGCUAAACAGAACUGGGUUCAACACAAGAAAGAAGCGACAUGGCGGCUGAGCCGGCUGGAACAACAGCUGGAAGCCGAGAAAAGCCGGAAGAGAAGGGAGAAGAUGGAGGAGAUAGAGGCAAAGAUACGGUGUUUGAGGGAGGAGGAGACGGCGGCGUUAGGGCGGAUGGAGAACGAAUACAGAGAACAAUUGAGUGCUCUACAGAGAGAUGCAGAUGGGAAAGAAGUGAAGUUAAUGGAAUCAUGGAGUAAUAAGCAGAUGAAGUUGAGUAAGCUUGUUGAACAGAUUAAUGGCGGCUUAAUCCAACAUCAACACAUGAUUAGUGGAACUAACCAUCAUCCUGGAUUAAGUUAAGAAAAUAAGCUUCAAUUCCAUUUGUUGAGUGUUCAUCAAUGGAGUUUAAUUUUCUAGUGGUUUUUCUCACCAAAUAUGUAAUGAGUGGAUAAUUGUUAUGAUUAUUAUUAGCAAGUAAUCUUUUAUUUUGUCGUUCA